UUGCAGAAGCAGAGUAGCAGUCGCCAACGGAGGCUACAUACGAUGACGGCGUCUCGCAGAACUCGCAGGCAUCUGGCUUUUCCGGACCAUGCCCAAUCGGGGAGCGUAGUGCGAUCAAGGAGCCGCGGCCUGCCCCAUCGGGAUGAUUGGGUGGCUCUCGUUCGCCCGUCUCCUCUCGGAUCUGGACUUUCAGGAGGAGCUGAGGCGCGUGGAUAGAUGGCAAAGGCUGUCACGCUGUGUUGCCACGCUCUCACACCAUUCCGGAAAGACGGCCGGCAGUCUCAAGAUUGGGCUGUGUGCAAACCAGCAGACUGGCCGCUCGGAGCUUCCUGGCAACCCAAGACUCGUGGCUGUUGGUGUCGCAGAGCCUCUUGUUGCUGAUCGCCAGGAGAAACUCCCACAACCAUGCCGCACACGGAACGGGCCCGCGCGUGGAAUGACAGAUCUGGCCGUCAGCACAUCGACUCAAGUGGCAGUAAUCAGAAACAGUGUGGCCAAACCCAACCAUUUCCGACUGUUCGAGACAUCAUCCAUCGCCCCGGCUGAUGAAUGGCUGCUGAAUCCGAUACUAUGGUCGACGCGCUCUCUGUUCACUCGAGCGUGGGGGGCUCGGGAUACGACAUGAUACACCCGUCUAAAGUCGUCGACUGAACAGAACAUCCCAGCCCCGGACGGCCGCUUUACCAUAAGCCUGACCACAUCGG